GGUUCGUGGCGUGGAAGCUGCUGCUCGUUCACAUUCCUCUUGUCCAAGAGAUUUGCGGCUUGCGGAAGAAACCUAAGAAGCCCGUUCUCAGGGCCAGCGCUCCAUUCCCGGACAGGGUGAAAUCGCAGUGAUUCUUAGGGUUUAUCAGAGCAGGGUUUCCAGGGAGCAGCGGCAGCGGCAAUGUUCUCGUCCACGGCGUCUUCGAUCUCCAAAAUGUCCGCUCUCGUCAGCGGCGUCGGCACGGAUGCUGCGAUCUACGACGAUCCCCAGGACGCGGACAUUCCUACGCUGCUCGACAGUCGCUACGACGCGGACAAAGCCCAGGGAUUGAAGCGCCUCAUCGCGCUCAUGGCACAGGGACAGGACGUUUCCACAUUCUUCCCACAGGUUGUCAAGGGCGUUGCUUCACAGUCUCUGGAAGUGAAGAAGCUCGUUUACAUCUACCUCGUCCACUACGCUGAUAAACGACCAGACGAGGCGUUGCUUUCUAUCAACAGUUUCCAAAGAGAUUUAUCCGAUAUCAAUCCCCUGGUUCGUGCUUGGGCCUUGCGAGCGAUGUCCGGGAUCAAGGUCCGUGCAGUUGGCCCUCUCGUUAUCAUGGCUGCAAACAAGUGCGCCAGAGAUCCCUCUCCUUACGUUCGGAGGUGUGCUGCGAAUGCGGUUUCCAAGAUUCAUUCCAUGGGUGACGAACAACAUUUCGACGAGCUUGUACAGCUUGUGUCCAUCUUGCUGAACGACAAUUAUCCGGGCGUAGCUGGAGCCGCAGCGCAGGCUUUUAUCUCUGUUUGCCCGGAGCGUUAUUCCUUAUUGAGCUCCAGCUUCAGGAAGCUGUGUGGACUACUUUACGAGGCUGAUGAAUGGGGACAGAUUUCUCUUAUGGACAUCCUGAUGCGGUAUAUCGUGGCAAAGUAUGGCGUUGUUAGAGAUUUCAGCUCCGCGAACGUAGAAUUCUCAUGUUUACAGCAAGCACACGAAGAAAAUGGUGGCGACUUUUACAAAGCUGACACGAGAUCCUCGUUUCCGGAUGAGAGGUGGGAAGUGAGGCUCAUGCUAUCGUCUACGCUUUCUCUGCUACGGAGCCAAAAUAGUGCGGUCGUAUUACAGGCGGCAGUCAUCCAUUGGUAUUUUUCUCCGGGCAAUGAACUCAGCAACAUUGUCAAGCCAUUACUGUUUUUACUUCGUUCGUCGCUUGAUGCACGGCAUGUGGUGCUUGCAAAUAUACUUUCUUUCUCGAAGUGUGAGCCAAGUUUGUUCGAGGCAUAUUUUGAAGAUUUUUUCAUAUGUUCUUCUGACUCUCAAGCUAUUCAAACUCUGAAGCUGGACAUACUAACAAACAUAGUGUCAGAUUUCUCCGCCACGCAAAUUCUUCAAGAAUUGGAGGCCUAUAUACGAAACCCAAACUCUCAGCUGGCAGCAGACGCAGUAAACUCGAUUGGCCGGUGUGCGCUUCGACUGUCUUCCACAGUGGCUAUAUGCACCAAGGGUCUUCUCAAGCUAGUCGUUUCUCGGUCUUCCCGUGACGACGAUUCUCCGGGGAGGGGAAGAGUGGUGGUUCAAGCGGUUUCGUCGCUAAGAGCUAUUAUGCAGAAGCACCCAGCAGAGCAGGACCAGGUAAUCCUUCAUCUUUUACGCAACUUAAACCACAUUUUAGAGCCAACGGCACGUGAAGUUGUCAUUUGGAUGAUUGGUGAACAAGCGAUUGCUCGUCCUGCACUUGCUGAAGGAAUCCCUGUGGCCCUGCGGUAUCUAGCCAAAACGUUUGCAGACGAGUCUAAUGGAACUAAGCUUCAAGUUUUGAACUGCCUUGCGAAGAUCAUUUCAUCUUCUCAACGGUGCUCGUCUUUGAAAACUGUCCUGUUAAUUCUUCAGUAUAUUCUGGAUCUUGCCGCCUGUGAUUUAAACUAUGACGUACGAGAUCGAGCCUGGAUUUUACGAGUUGUCUUGGCUGGCCAUUUAGACGCUAUCAAGCACCAUUCGUCAUAUGACGCAGAUUAUCGUCUUCCGGAGAUUAUCGAUGCUAUUUUACUCAACAUUGAUCAGUCAAAACUUGAUCCAGGUGUACUAUCCAAAGCUGCCAACUCCAUGUUUCUUCGCCAGAAGUCGGUACCAGUAUUACCUUCGUUGAGUUUACAGACGUCCACAUUCCUACCAGGAUCGAUGUCUCAUAUGGUUCAACACAUGUCAGUGAACUGUGGGUGCUCUUGAGUUAUCUAAUUGUCCUCUUGAAGGCUGGUGCAGUGAUUCCAUCUCUUGUGAAUUUUCUUAAGCACACCGAUUAUAGCA